AUGCCUUUCCCAGAGACACUCAACGCGAAGCCUCGCGUAAUCUUCUUCACCGACUUUGACGGCACGAUCACGCUCCAAGACACCAACGACUUCAUCACCGACAACUAUGGCAUGGGCAAGGCGGAGCGGCGGCAGCUCUUCCACGCGGUGAUUGACAACACCGACACGUUCCGCAACACGUUCCAGAAGAUGCUCGACUCGUGGAAGAUGCCGUUCCCGCAGGUGCUGUCGAUCCUGCGCGACAACAUCAGCCUCGACCCGCACUUCCGGGACUUUAUGGUGUGGGCGCGGGCGCACGACGUGCCCGUGGUGGUGCUCAGCUCGGGCAUGAUCCCCGUCAUCGAGACGCUGCUCCGCCACCUGCUCGGCGAGGAGCUGAUGCGGGACAUCGAGAUCGUCGCCAACGAGACGCAGCUCCGCGCGCCGGGCAACUCGCUCGACGUCGCCGACGGCUGGACCAUCAAGUUCCACGACGACUCGGGCUUCGGCCACGACAAGUCGCUGACCAUCCGCCCCUACGCGGACGCCAUCGCCAAGAUGGCCCCCGACGAGCGGCCGACGCUGCUGUACGCCGGCGACGGCGUCAGCGACCUCAGCGCCGCCCGCGAGACGGACCUGCUGUUCGCCCGCGCCGGCCAGGACCUCAUCACCUACUGCGAGCGCGAGGGCAUCCCCUUCACCGAGUUCGAGUCCUGGAAGACCAUCCUCCAGGAGACCCAGGACAUCUACCACGGCAGGAAGACCGUCAAGAAGAUCGCCGCCGAGGGCCUCAAGAAGCACCGCACCUACUCGAUCGAGCACGGCGAGCAAAUGAGACCCACCACCCACUAG